AUAACAUGCUUCUUGAUCUACUACGUCAUCAGUAAGACAUCAGUUAAAAUUUCACCGGAAGUGAGUGGAUGGCAGCGAGCAUCAUCGGAAGAUGAAUUAAAAUACAAUACAAGCCUUUGUACAAUUGAAAAAAGAAAUGCAGAGAGUUUGGAUUUUGAAGAAUUUGAGAAAAUAUACAGGUAAGGUGUGUGAGGUCAGAGGGGUGUUUUCCUUAUUUUUGUUUAUUUUUCAACCAGUUAGAGCGAAUAUGUGACCUCACAGCUUUGAAACUUAAUACUUUUUUCUCAACAGAUAUAAAAAGCCCCUUAUCGUGCAAUUCAACGGAGACACGCAGACGUCGUUUAAGAAAUACUUGGAAAUCAUGCAUGAAAAGAAACAUAAUGAGGAACCCAUGUAAGUUGUAUUUCUGGGGCUUUUGUUCACCUCGGUGCCCAGCUAAUCUUAGAGAACACUAAGAGGAUUAUUAUAAAUAAACUGGAAGUUAUCAUGGGCUUUCACAGCCUAUUGGGAUGCGUUUGAGAGACCAUAUGCGAUCCUGAAUAAUAACAUCAAAGUUUCGUUACACUGGUUACACCGAACAUCUACCAGAUCAAAACAUGGACUCUUCGUUUUCCCGCCAAAGAAAACCCUAACAUGGACUGCGCUGUUCGAUUGGCCAAUCGGGCUGCAGUAUGACGUCAGAGCGAAGUGUCGAUUGAUCUCGAUUGGCAUGAAGUUUUUUUUUUUUUAACCCGAGCAUACGCUUAACCAACUAAAAGCCACACGCGUUUGUAUCCGUUCGAUAAAACAAUCGAAUCGUUCUAUUUCUGUUCGUUCGUUGUUUCUGUUUUGUUCGUGCUUUUUCAUUUCAAGGUCAUACGAAAAUCGCUCUAUCUGAUAUCAGAACGACAUGCCAUGCCAGUACCAGUACGAACAUUUGCAAACUGGAUUCCUUGGUUUUUUCUUCUCUCCACUGCGUGCACUAGUGCAGUUGUAACAUUAAUUCUGUACACUUUCUUUCAUUUACUCUGACAUUUCAGUAGACUGCAAAACAGUCCGUAUUUUUGCGUAUUCAAGUACGCGCGAGCAGUCAAACAAAAGGUAUGGAAUGAGGCUGAAAACAGAGAGCGAGACUCGCAUCACACGCCCUACGGGCGUGUGAGGCUCGCGCGCUUCGCGCGCAUAAGACUCUUACGCCACGCUAUACCGAUUUCUUUAGUGAUUUUGAGAAAAAAAACCGACUGUUUUGCAGUCUAACAUUUCAGGUACGUAUUUGACAGAAGGUUUUAUAACGACAGUGAGCUUCCCCAAAGUGUAAGAGUACCAAGCUACUUUAGGAUAAAGGUAAAUCAUCAAAAAACGUUUUUAAAAACAAUUGAUUCACAGUAGUAGUGGAAAAAGGAAAACGAUCUUCCUCUUGUAGUCUCGUUUUACAUUGAGUUGAAGGUUAACUCAUGACAUGUGGGAACGUCUUAUCAUUCCAGGAUGGCGUGGAUUCCAGUAUUUUCUUUCUCGGAGGAUCAGGAUCGGGAGUUAGCUUCCACAAGCACGCAGACGCGUGGAAUGGGGUCAUUUUUGGAAGAAAGCGAUGGUUUCUUUACCCACCACAGAAAACACCGCCAGGAGGUUAGACUGUGCAAGAUCACGCGUAUCACAGAGCGCCCAUGCAAUGUUCCCAAGAAAAGCGGGGAGACUGUUCCAUACUUCUAAAAAAUCUUUCCUUUCUGGCCCAGUUGUUCUAAUGGUGGACGACGCUAUCGAUAGGAUGAAUCUCUAUCCAGUCCAUACCGCAAGUAGUUUCCCUGAUACUUGCCCUCUAUAAUAUAGUGAUUUGUCCGGUGGAUAGCUCCAUUCAGCGUCUGAACAGCAGGGGCCAGGACAUCGUUAUCCAUUAUUUUUUCUUAGGUGUAUGGCCAAGUUUCUCGCAACUGGAUUGGAUAAAUAAAGUUUACCCUAAUCCAUCACCAAAAGACAAGCCAGUAGAGUGUAUACAAGAGGAGGGAGAUAUUCUGUACUUGGUAAGUCUUAAAAUUAAUUAAAGGCCCAACUCGUGUGCAUGAUGACACAAUCAACCGUACGCAGUUGAAGUUGAACCCAAUUUCGCUGCCAAUGCGAUACGUUCUUGUCAAAGACCUGUUAGAAACAGCUAUUUUUUUUAGACCUAACGCAUUUUUAAGUGCUUGCUCGCGCUUCAAGAAAAAAAACUAAGUAUUUCCAAACAAUUAAAAUAUUUUCCACGGCUCAUUUUGCACUAUAACACAUGGUCAUAUGUUGUUCCCAGUUGGUAUCCAACGGUCCUACCUGGUGCGGCACAUCUUGAAAUUAUUAUUUAACACUUUGAGACGGAAUAUAAUCUUUAUAGCGUUGUAAAUAGCGUCAUUUAACAUCCUUACAGCCUGUUUUCCCAAAGUUAUGUAAGAAAAUGCUAAUGUAUAUAUAUUUCAAUUUUCUUUUAGCCUGAAUCUUAUUACCAUGGAACAGUAAACAUAGGUGACACGAUGGCUAUAGGCAUUCAAAAGUACAACGCUGCGACAAAAAUUGAGAAGCUUUUUUACAAAAGUGUGUGGCUAUUGAAUUUCCUAAAACGUUCGAUCCUUUACAUAAGCCCAUAAAAUAAGAACCAACCUCGUCCCAAGGGAGCCCAGGGGGCGAGGUUGUAUACAGCUAUUUCGAGAAAGGUCGUCGGAAAAAGUGCAUGCGACAAUCCUGAAAGGUAUUGUAGGUGGUUUUGAGUUCAAUGUUCUUCAAAGAAAUUUGAAAGAAUGGCACGAGGCUAGAGGCCAUAGACGAAUGUUUGCAAAUGCUAAAGAAAGCAACAAUAGAAGAUUCGACAGCUACAGUGUCAGGAACAGUGCAUUGAUCAUAUCACAUAUAAUGACCUUUCGGGAUCGUUGCGUGCACAUUUUUUCUGACAACCUUUCUCGAAAUAGCUGUAUAAGCAUAGCGAAACGUCCCUGGCGGCGAGGAGCUAGGAGAAACGGUUGUAUUCGCAGACUAAUAUUAGAGCAUGAGAUUUGCAGACUAUUUAUACCCCGGGGGGGGGGGGGUACUCCCAUACAUUACCUAUAUGGGUAUGUGCCGCCCAACGGGGUCGUGAUUUUGAAGCUCCUGAUUUAGAACGGGGUAUCCAUUUCAGAGGCGUUUUCUAGAACGGGGUAUAAUAUUUCAAACGCACGAAAGCUCCAGUUUUGUAAGCAGCCAUUUGAAAUUAUUCAAGGACAGAUUGCUUUUAAAAAUAUGGUUCAAUGCGUUAACAAGCAAACUGUUGUACUCUUGUUGCACCCUAGAACGGGGUAUAAGAAAUUGGCCCAUUUCUAGAACGGGGUAUCAGUUUUAGGGCGGAUUCUAGAACGGGGUAAAAAAAAUUGACUCAUUUCUAGAACGGGGUAUCAAUUUUAGGGGAAUUAUUUUUCAGAACGGGGUGCCAAUUUGGAGUUCCGGGCGGCAUUACGUUUUAUAUGCCUUGUUCGGUACAGUACACUGUGCCGAUAGUAUGACAGUAUGAGGCUAUUCAUAUAUAUAUAUAAUUAAAUUUUAAGAAGGGUGUGAAUGGGGUUAACCGACUAGCGACAAAGGGCAACAAAUAUUACCGACUACCGACAAAACGCGAAAAAAAUUACCGACUACCGACAGGAAAAUUAUUAACCGACUACCGACAUGGAUCGACAUUAUCUAUAUUUUUUUCAGACAGAAGAGUAUAUUGUAUUUUUCCUACCUUUCUAGGAAGUAACCCAAGAUACCACGUCACAAGUCUUUUUACAAGUCAGUACCACAAAACGAGGAUAUUGAAAUCGGUUUGCAGAGCGUAUGACAAAAAAUUCUACAACCCGCCUGGUCCUAAACAUUAUAUGCGACAAAUGCUUAAAUUAAUCCUCAAAGAAAAUUCUUUCCCGUUCAAUGGAAAAGCUCUACCUCCAAACCCACCGUACCGCGAUGGGCACAAAGACAGCAGUUUCCUCUGCCAACAUUUUCAUGUCAUUUUGAAACACAAAGUCUAAGCAGCUAAACCGUCUUUAAACCAGACAUCGUAACUUUCUUCGAAGAAGCAAACUUGCACGAUCCUACUAUUAAAUUCACCACCGAAAUUCACUGAGACAAUGUUUUUAGACACAGUUGUAUACAAAGGCACAAGAUUAAACGAAAAAGUUAUCCUUGAUGUAAAGAUUACGGAAACUUUCCAGCACACAUUUUGCGGCUUGUCGCCCACCGAUUUGUCAAAAGAGUUUGAGGAAAGUGUUUCAAAAUUCAAAAGAACGCUUGAUGGUUGAUGAUGUACAGAGGCUACCAACACAAUUUGAAAGACAAAUUGCAGUCAGAAAUAAAUGAAACUCACAGAAACCGAAGUCUGCGCUCCUAAAACAAAACCGAGCAAGGAAAGAAAAGAAAUGUUACCUUUCUUGACACAAAAGGGAACUUAAGAACUACAACGAAGUUUACGACGACGGCGUCUGUUGACUGGGAAAAGACUGGAACGAGAACGUCAGUUUCGGCAGGAAAAAGGAAACUUAAGAUGCAAUCGGUCGAUGGGUCGACGACGACGACCCUGAAUGUAAACACAAAUGUAAAACUGUGAUGUUCGUUCGCAACAAAGUUUUUCGCAAUGGCGUCUUUUAAAACAAUGCAAGGUGUAAUUUUUAAGCCGUACGUCUAGUUUCACUGACGAUGGAGAAUUUUUUGUGUUGUCUGAUUUUUUCGAGUAGAAAAACACCUGCUUUCCGCACAAAGAUUAUUCAACACUUUCAACCUGAAAGAGAUGACCGAGUCCGAGUGUCUGUCAGAGUUUAGAUUUGGAAAAAGAGACAUUCUGAUCCAUAUAAAGUUUAUUUCCUCUAUAUUAAAGAUAUAUGAUUUGCCUUACCUAAAUACGUACAAAUAAAUUUCUCACUUACGAGUUCGCUCACUCGGCCUCCACAGCUGUUGUCAUUCUUCGAAGUAAAAACAAUUCAUCAUAGUAUACUUUUAUUCUUCAUAGCCAAUAACAUCACGGCUUAACUGACAGACGACCAUUAACGUCGCGACGUAAUUGACCAAUCAGAUAAAUAACCAGAGUAUAAUAAGAUCAACUGACGUAAUACAACUCACUUUGACUUUGAAGAUGACUACCGCACAGAUUGUCGAAACGUCAGUCACUGUCAACAACAAUAGUCCUAUUCAGGACUACGUUCACCCGGACGAUCAAACUCAGCCUACUUUUGAAAUGACUCCCGGGUUCAAACCUUUCACAGUACACUUUUAGUCGAAUUUUCAAUCAACAUCGCUUGUUACGAGAAAAAAGCAACGAUACCUGGAUUUACGAGGAUAAGAAAAAGCAAAGGACUUCAAAAAUCGCUUAAAACAGUGGAUUUAUGCACCUAUCAAUGUAAAGCCGGCGGGGGGAGGGGGCGGGGGGCGGGGAUUUGCUUGUCUUUGUUGGCCCUGGGGUAAGGAAUUUGACUGAUCUUGUUCUCCCAGGGGAGGGGAUAUUUGAAUCUUUCUUCGCCCGACGUGGAGAUAUUUGACUGCCGACUUGGGCGAAAAAGACUGCGACGGAACAUCUGUUUCCCACUUCCACGCUUCACGCAUGCGCCGUACGGUUUGAAAAGAUCGGGAAGUCAUGGAGGUCAAUGAGAGCAAGCGAAGGCUGACUGAAUUUCACUGUUUUGUCUUCAAAUUUCGCUUGUUUUAGCGUGUUUUUGAUCAAUUGAACCUCUUAAAAUACUGUGGAAUCAAAGUAAACGAAAGUAAAGAGAAACCAAGUCGAUUUUUGCAAGUACAAUUGAUUAGUGUAUGGCUCAUUCGCUACAAUCAGUGUAAACUUACGAAACUGACUUUUUUUGUACCCUUUACUAAUAACGGUAUAUUUAAACUUACAAAAUGUGGACUUUCUCCUAAAGGUUUAUGUAUUCUACGCAGUGUAACACGGAUUAUGGUUAAAACGUAUGAUUGAAGCUGUCACAGGAACAUGUAUCUUUGGUGAUGCAGCAACAUUUAUAGAAGAUUGCAGAGUUUUAUUUGGAGAUAUUUUUAUUGUGCCUUUCUUGGGUUCUGCCUUAGGAUUGACAGCAAUGUGCAGCCUAGGGUGGGGAAAUUUGGUUGCAUUUGACUGGAAUGAUUUGCCCGUGGGCAGGGAAUUUGAUUGAAAUUUCUGAAAAAAGUCAAAUCUCCACCCUACGCUCUGCCUCCCUCCCCGCCGGCAUUACAUUGAUAGCUGCAUUAUACCUGCUGAAGCUUGUGGAUUGCAGGACGACGUGAUUGUACUUUGUUUGGCGUCGUCGACGACACCACGACGAGGAAAUUUACUGGUCGCGCUUGCGCAGUACACUGUAACUGACUUUUGGUCGUAAAAGAAACUUUAAUGGAAAAGUGGAAUCUCAUACAAAACCAACCGCUACUUUGCUAAUUUUUUAAAGAACCACCACUUAUUUCCUGAAAGAAAGGAAAACCAUGGCAAAGAACAUGCUUGUUAGAGCCAAAAUAUUAAAGGUCUUUCACGCCAGUAUAGAUGUGCAACCUGUCACCCCUUGUAGUUUUUCACCAAAAAUAAUUUACGUAUCCAAAAGGUUAGACUGGGCGUUUCCCUCUGUGUCCAAUUAACCUCUCUUCAUUACUUUUUAUGGUGGCCUGUGGUCAACAGGGAAACCAAAUUCGCAUUUGCAAUAAACGCUUUGGUGAAAUACACUAUCAUGUUGCAUAAUGAAGUUUAAGUUCAAUGAAAUGAUGCAUUUUUACAAGUUUUACAUAUUUUAUAGGGAUCAAAGUCUUGAAACUGAUUGAAACACAUAACAAAAUUAAUAAUUAGCAAGCAUUUUUACUUAUUAACUGAGAUUAACCGACAACCGACAAAGAUCGAAAUUUUUAACCGACUACCGACAAAGUAACUAAAUUUUAACCGACAACCGACAAGUGGACCCCCCCCCCCCCCCCCCCCCCCAAUUCAGACCCUCUUUAGGGAGAUGCUUUUUUACUUUUUUCCUUUAUUUAGCUGGUAACAUGCAGCAAGGGUGGAGAUCAACUUAAAAUUUUUCAAGAACUUUCAGCCCUCCUACCAGGUAUUUCGAUUCAUAUUUAUUUAGUAAAAAAAAAGUAAUAAUGGCAACUAAUGGAUUAAUUAAGGCUCUGCUCUCACUCAACGGUAGCUUUUGGUGCCGACAAACAAGAUAGGCUAUCUGGUAUAGCAUGAAAAGCAACGGUCCAGAUCUGGAAAAAAGCGUCACUGACACAUCGAACAUCGUGCCGGUGCUGGUUAACUAAAUCCCAGUCCUCACCACUGAAAAUUUAUUUCCGUCUCAGUCUAUUCUACUUAUUUACUUCCGCUAAGAUCCGAAUACCUUUCACACCGCACUAAAGGGUAGCAUUGAAUCUACAAAAUAUAUGACGCUCCACUUUCGAGACUGGCGCUAGGUAGCAACAGUCCGUCCUAGAAAUCGCGCCGAAAUCACAAUUCCUAUGUAUAAACAGAAGCCUUACAAUGUAUGGUUUUCGUUUGGGCGUCACAGUAAUAUGGGCAUCCCCAUUCCCAAACCGGCUAGUGAUACGGGAAUUAAAACAAAACUGAAUGCCAAUACGGCAAGGGGCUGAUUUAUUUGAGGCUAAUACUCCGGCUAACAAAAUUAGCCUUCCUCUGAGGAAGGCUAAUUUUCUCUACAUUAGAGAUCCGGCAAGAAAGAACCAGUCGGUUUUAUUUGCGCUUUGAGUGGACUACUGCAUUCAAAGGUUUUUACUAGUGAUAUGGGCAUCCCCUGUAACCCUAACUCUAACCCAAAUCGCUAAGUUAAUAUGAGUGGGGUUCUCAUAUCACUAGGGUUUUGGGAAUGAGGUUAACAUAAUCAACAAUUUUAAGCCAUGAGCAAUUUACUGAAGAAUUAAUUUAAUUCUUUUUGGUCUUUAAUUAUUAAUAGUCAUGUAUCAACUGAUCACGGACAGCGCAAUAUCGACUUCGUACAACCUCGCUCCCUCUUUGAUGGGAAGAGCCCUGGGGACGAGUUUCGGCAGAGUGGCACAAUAAUAAAUAUCACUCAAGAUUCCCUUAGUAGUCUUAAGUAAUGAAAUACUGUUCCCGUUGAUUUUAGACAACACUGAGAUGCUUCAUAAGCUUGCCGACCAGUACUUUCAAAGGGGAGAUAUACAGAAGGCAAUUAAGGUGAGUGCGUCUGCGCCACGGUAACUCAGUUGGUAAAGUGCAGGUGUGAAGAGCGGGAGGUCGCGGGUCUGCUUCUUGGAACUAAAGAGGAGAUAGAUUCCGUCUUUGACCUACAACUUUAAGCAGCCUUCGGAUGGCUCAGAUGACCGCGCAAAACAAAUUACCACAUUGAUGAGGUAUACCUAUUGCAUUUACUGUUACAGUGCGACUAUAUACUGUAACCGGGUCACUUAGACAAAGUUCACCAAUCCGAUUACAGGAAAAUAACAAUUCAUUCCAUUAAAGUUGGUUGUGGGCCAAUCAGCAACUCGUAAAAAAAACGACAAGUUACUCGAGGCACAAAAAUUUAACAUUGAUAGCAAACGUUUUUCCGUAAAGUAAAAUUUUUCACCAGUCAAUGUUUUUCUGUACGAAACUUUGUAUACAACACCCAUGAGACACAUUUCUUUGACACAAGCUGUUAUUUUGUCAUCUACCAGCAAUUUCUUCGCUACUAUUGCCGCGCUUAGUAAUAUCAUGCGACUGCAAGUCAAAUAUUUAACAAUUAUUCCUCGAGUUCGAAUGGGCUCUGAGUCCGUAGGCCAUGAGGCCGAAGGCCGAAUGGGCUAUUGACUCAGAGGCCAUGAGGGCGAGAGGAAAUAAUUGUUUUAGUAUAAUCCAACCAGUUGGUAAAAAAUAUCAAGACAAAAUAAAUUUAUCUAGCAAAACGCGAUUUAGCCGCCAUUGUUUUGGUUUUCAAAGCCGGCGCUUUUCGCUAGUAGUGGGCCAUAACAUAUAGCCUCGCACUAGCUCAACCAAUCAGAACGCAGCAUUGAUAAUAGACCACUAGUUGGAUUUCACUGAAUAACUAUAUUUUACGUUUUUCGCCUCCGUCACUCACUCUAACGGACCUCUCAGGAAACCCGCGCUUUCUUCAGCGGGUUCAACAGUUCAAGUCUGUAGGUUUCUAUUGGUUGAUUUCGAUCCACGUCGUUUUUUCGUUUCGUGGUAAUUAUGAUUGACAACUAACUUUCUCGGAAUGUAUUGUUAUUUUCCUGUAAUCCGAUUGGUCGACUUUGUCUAGGUGGCCCCGGUUAUAGCAGUCGUGCGGUAAACAAUCUCUUUAUCAAAGAAUUACCGUUAUUUUACUAGUUCUUUUCAAAGGGACUAGAAAUCGUAGUGACCAGUCGUUACAUAAGUGAUUUUUGGUACAAAGAGGCGUGCGGGAAGUUAUGUUAAAAGACACUUCGCGAGCCUCAUUCUAGCCCAAGAAAACAAGAAUAGUGACUUUGGCACAAAUCUGAAUAAUAGAAAAAUCAUGAAAUAUUUAACACUUACUCUCGUUCCUUAUUGCAGGCACUCGAGACAGCUGUUCGUGUGGAUCCUCUGUUUGUAAUAGCCAGACUAGAUCUUUCAAGGUAUUACGAUCACCAUGGUAACCAGGAAACGGCAGAAAAGUUAUUCAAAGAAGCCCUUGAAGUUCACCCUGACAGUUUUGAUGGGCAUAUUCAUUAUGGAGAGUUCCUAUAUAGCAAGGUAAGCCAUAGGCUCAGUCAAUUACUUUACUUAUACACAAAAAUGGAUAGGAGGAAAUUCAAGAACAUGAACAAAGACUGAUGUUGCACAGCGUUUCAAAAUAAUUUUAUUCUUGGGUGUGCCAGAAUGUUUACCAACUGUUCUCGACUUUGUCUCAUCAGGGCGACUAUGUGAACGCAGCAAGCGAAUAUAAACAGGUCAGUGUAAAACUUGUCUUAUCUUCUUCCAGUAUAGCAUAAUUUCUCUAUUGUUUCAACCCUUAAAUUCCCAUCAUAUUUAUUUCGGUUGUCUUGACGUCGAUGAUGUUUCUACCAAAAGUUCAUGCCAAGGUAUUUCUUGCACAAAAUCGUCUUCCUUAAUUGCCAUGCACUUUUCUCUCUUAGCUGAUUGGCCAAAAAUCUCGCGAGAUUUUCGCGACCAAUAAGAAAUAAAACUGUAACUUGGGCUCACGCCUUUUUCCGCGCUUGGCUUUGACUUGAUGUAUUUACUUUGAAUUGUGAUAGGUUCAUUAAAUUUUCUUGUUACGUCACGUUGCCAUGGUAGCAGAAUUUCUGGAUGACAUCAAACCGAAAAAGCCGCUUAAAAAGUGUUCGCACUGUUUCAAACUUCAUUGAUCUUACUGAGUUUCCCUUAAUUUUCAAAUGUUAGCGAACGUUUUCGGGGUUGAAUCAGAAAGGACCGUAUGUAAUAUUAGAAUUGGAAAAAGAAAAAGAACAUUUUUUGAGUUGUGUUCCCCUGCUCCAUAAAGAGGGCGCGUGAAAUUACGAAGUUUCACGUCGCAGUCGUGCAAUAACGGCUAAAAAAUGCACAAAAAGCGUGAUAGUACGUGCAAAGUUGUUGUUUUCCUAAUUUUAACCCGUCGUCUACGCUUAAAUUAUAAGCUCCCUGUUGUUACGAUCCAGAAAUUUUGCUACCAUGGUAACGUGACGUCACAAUUCUGCCCAACUUAUUUUACACUGAAUCAGGGCAAGCUUGAGAAAACAGCCAACAUUUCGCGACAAGAUUUGUUUCCUUGAGAAAUGAGGAACGACUGCAGAAGUUCUCUGAGAGGCACCAUAGUUAGUAGGGGAGACUGGUCAGGAAACCCGGCAAACAUCAAAGUUGAAAACAAUAGUGCUGUAGGUUAUGUUGGAAGUUCCCUGACGUGCACAAUCCUUUGGUUUUUGUUCACAGAUUGUGACUGAAUAAAUUAAUCCAAUGUUUCUAUUGGUCAAUAACUUCAACAUGAUAGGAAUGCUAUUGAACGUUGUGCACGGUCAGAUACAAAAAAGCUAACAAAAACCUAUAACAAAGGGUUUCCCAACCAUUCCACUUUAAUUAACUAUGAGGCACCACCCAGAUCCGGGUAGUGAUACAUCAUCAGCAAUUUCUACGCUCACUCUUCAGAGGUCAUUGCGCGGGGAAAUCAGUGUGGGCGUGGUUCUCUCAGGCUAAACCAGGGCAAGACUCGACCAUUUCUAAACUUGUACUUUGCCAUCUUUUUCGUCUUCUUUUUUUCUUUUUCGUUUUUAGAUAACCCGACUUAGACCAGACAAGAAAUUCGGCUAUUACCAGUUAGCAAAGUGCGUGGAUAGAAUUGGUGACAAACAGGGAGCAAAAGCUGCAAGACUAAAACUGCAGGAAAUUGAAUAA